AUGGGGACAAUUCGGCUGAACCCUAAUCGAAUUUGGCAACCACCGAAGAAAGGCGUUAUUAAGGUAAAUAUGGACGACGCCUUUCCUUUCGCAAAUAAUAAGGGAGCGAUCGCUAGUCUUGCUCGCGAUCACACUAGCAAAAUGCUUGAAGGCUUCACACGCACCAUUCAGGCAUCUUCUACACUCGAGACGGAGACCCAAGCACUUUUGUGCACCCUAAAGGACCUUUUGCAGAACGGAAAAAUCGAAUCUCACCUACUGCUUGAAUCCAAUAAUCUCAUUCUUGUCGAGACUAUCAACCGAUGCCGUCUGCCGCCAUGGAAUUGCCGCGCUCUGUUCGCCGAAUGUGCAGCCUUGACGCUCUGUUUUGCAAAUCUCAUGGUGAAGCACUGUCAACGUGAGGCAAAUGCCCUAGCUGACUGGGCUGCGAAGGCCCAUGGACAAGGCCUUCUUUCACCAAAUUGGGUUCAUUCUCCUCCUCAAAUUAUGAUGGACAUGAUAUGUACUGAAGUCCUUGUUAAGGGUUGUUCCUUUUUCCCUACGUGA